AGCAUUUUUGUGCUGCUGCGCAUUCAUGUACUUUGUGAUAAGCAAACCCGCGUUGUCCUCCCGUUUAUAGGCGCAUAUUACUAAUGCGCUCUUUAAAUAACAUAAAACAUAUUGCGCCAUUGACUUUAGACUUUAGACCAGGUUUUUGUUGGUCAAUGGCGUAGUCUAUUGUAGUUGCCUCAAAAUAGCAACGCGCCAACAAUGCGCCUGAACACACCUCGUUUUUCAGACCAGAACGCCCAUGGGUGCAAAGGGGGCGCAAAUGCAUUUGCUAUUUAAACAACGCGGCGCUAAACGUGAAAAUUAGGGUGGAAACUAGCGAAAGACACUUGCGUCGCGCAUUGCGCUGCAUUGCGCCGGGUGUAAGAUAGAGCCCUCAAUGUGCCUGCCAGGAGAGAGGAUUACAUCACAGUAACCAAGUCUAGUGUGUUACCCCUUUCUUUCUGUGCCCAUCGUUGGGUUGAAAACCUUCCGGUUGUGGAGAGAGCCCUGGAAGUCUGGCCAUCACUGCGCUUGUACAUGGAAGCAGUGAAAUCAAAGAAACUCUCGAACCCUGGAACAGCAGCCAUGAAGGAUCCACUCAUCUUGGCCAAAUUGCAGUUCUACAUGGCACUCGCCAGGACCUUCACUCCCUUCCUGAAAAGAUAUUAGACAGAUGAGCCUGUGCUUCCAUUCCUUCCGAAGGACCUGACUGAGUUGAUGAUGAGUCUACUCAGACGCUUCAUAAAGGGAGAAGUCCUCCAUGAUAUCACUGCCCUGCAGCUGACCAAAUUGGAUGUCACAGACAAGACCAUCUGGCUCAGCCCACAAAACAUCAGCAUUGGUCUAGGUGCAGAGUCAGUCCUUAAGGGGAUGUCAUACUGCAGCAAUUUGACAGUUUCUUAUCCAUGGAGAGCCGGAGUGAGGACUUCCUCUCCUUUCCUCCCAUGCAGAAGAGGCUGGUCAUCUUCCUGAGGAGUGCCAUGGAACCUUAUCCAGAGCUGUGGGGCUUCUGUAAGAAGCUGCUCAUCCUUUCCCACGGCCAAGCUACAGUUGAACGCGGGUUCUCUAGUAAUAAAGAGGUGGAGUCAGACAAUAUUCAAGAGGACACUGUGGUCACACGGAGGCUGGUGUGUGAUUAUAUCACACAACACGGAGGUGUUACCCAGGUUCCACUGAGUAAAGCGUUACUCGAGAGUGUAGCAAGAGCUAGAACCAGAUAUCGAGUCCAUCUUGAGACAGAGAGGAAGAAACGGGAGGCAAAAUCUCAGGCUCUUAAGAGAAAAGAGGCAGAGGACUGUCUUCAGGAGCUGAAGGUGAAGAGGAGACGCAUACAAGAGGUAUGUGAGGGUCUGGCUAGGGAUGCAGACAGACUGGCUGAGGAGGCUGAAAGGAAGGCAGGAAGCAAGAUGGCUGACCUGAUCUCUAGGUCCAACCUCCUGCGUAGAGGCCAUAAGGAAAAGUUGACGGAACUGGCUGUCCUUGAUAAAGAGAUUGCUGCCCUGAGUGAAGAGCUAAGGAGUUGACUGUGUUUCUUAAUUUAAUUUAUUGUUGAGUUCUGAUUUUUGAUGUUUAUUGUUCAGGGGUCUCUCAGUUCCCCAUAUUCCCAGCAUGGAAUAAGUAGCUAGCUAAUGUUAAAAAACAACUUAACGUUGUUCGGAAAACUUUCAUGUGGCCUACUGAAAUGUUUUAUAUUUCACACCUGCUUGGGUUAUGUCUUACCCGUUCCACAUUUGAAAAAUAAAUGAACACAAGUUGAACAAAGAUUUUGUUUCUCUUUGCUGGUAGGGACGUGAAAUGGGUAUUAAUUUUUAUAUAAAUGGUCUUAAAAAGGUCUUAAAAAGACUUAAAUUUAACUUGAAGAAACCUGUAGGAACCCUGUAUAUAAAGGCUAUGCAUUUAUCAGACACAGAUAUUAUUUAUUACUUGUCACUCUCGCUGUCAUCAUUUCUUGCCCUCUUAGCAUCAAAGUAUGGUUGUUUAUUCACUUUUAUUGCUUUGUAGGAUAUCCUUCUUUGGUAGACCUGAUUAUUAGACCAAGCUUGUUAUAUAAUCAUACCAAUAACAACAUUACAAUAUAAAACUAAAUUAAAUUAGCAGCUAACUUGUGCUUUGUUCUGCUUUCACAUCACUCCAGUCUAAACUAAUAAACCUUUACUACACAAUGUCAUAAAUAAUAAAUGUUGGCCAGUAUUGACAAAAUGUUUACAAAAUGCAUUUAAUAUUUAAAAAUGUCACUUACACACAAAGUAUGGUUAAAGCUCCCGUUCUUCCUGUGAUUUUGAAGCUUUGUUUGUGUUUAUAGCUUGCAAUAUAACAUGUAUUCAUGUUUCACGUGUAAAAAAAAACGCUGUAUUUUUCACACAAUUGACUUAUUUGUAUACCGCUGUUUUCACUGUCCUCAAAACAGGCUGAUGUCAUUGUCUUCCUUGUUCUGUGAAGUCCCUCCUUCAGAAAUACGUAACGAGCUCUGAUUGUGUAGUUUGUUUAGUGUGCUGUGAUUCGAUAGCAGCUUAGCUUAGCAGAGCCGUUUGAGCCAAAGCUGGUGUCUGACAUAUUCCUGUGGGCGGAGUUUAGUCAACGAACAGUUUUACUGACGUCAUUAAAGCAGGAAAUAGAGGGUUGUACUCCAAACCGGCCGUUCGCUGUAGGCUUUGAAAGAGGAAUUCUAUUGAAGAAAAUAUAUCGCCUGGCAGUGAACUUUGAGCUUUAUCAUUUUACAGGUAUUAUUUAUGCUCUAACAGCAACAUUACACACUAACUAGGGUUUUAAAAAAUGGCAUCAGGAAGAACGUGACCUUUAAAAACUGUUAUAACCUCCUCCAUGCUAUAUAUAAAGGCUAUGCAUUUUUCAGACACAGAUAUUAUUUAUUACUUAAAUAAUAAAUGUUGGCCAGUAUUGACAUAAAAGACAGGAAAACUACAAUUGCAGUUUCAAAAAUGAUUAGUGUUAUGUUUUUUUACCGUCUCAUAUUGUUCAUAAUGAUUUUCUUUUUUCAUUGCAGACCUGAUGAAGCCAAAAGAAGAAAUCACAAAUGCAAGAGAACAGAAAGAUCAAGAUCUGAAAGUGCUAAAGGAGGAAAUUUCACAACUCAAUGAAAUGGAGGAGAAACCUCAUCAUUUGAUACCCAAAGAAGAAUCUCUGAGCUCCUUGAUUACUGUGAGGAAUUUGUCACCUAAAAGGAACAACACGCAAAAGGCAACAGCCAAGGAUACUCUUACUUGCCCUCAGUGUGGAAAGACCUUCACAUAUAAAUAUAAACUUAAUGAGCACAUGAGACUUCACACUGGAGAAAAGCCUUACACCUGUAAUCAGUGUGAAAAGAGUUUCAUUCGUAAGUUUGAACUCAACAGGCACAUGAGGAUUCACACUAAAGAAAGGCCUUACAGAUGUGAUCAGUGUGGAAAGAGUUUCAUUUGUAAGUUUGAACUCAACAGGCACAUGAGGAUUCACACUAAAGAAAGGCCUUACAGAUGUGAUCAGUGUGGAAAAACCUUCAAUAGAAAAUGGCAUUUAAGUCAGCACACAAAAAUUCACACGGGAGAAAAGCCUUACAGAUGUGAUCAAUGUGGAAAGAGAUUUCUUCAUAGGUUUAAUCUCAACGUGCACAUAAGAAUUCACACUGGAGAAAAACAUUACACAUGUGAUCACUGUGAAAAGAACUUCAGGUAUAAGGGCUCAGUCACACUUUUUUAAAAAAGAGCAGUGCAGCGCGGCUUUUCAUAUUGCUAAGCAACCACCGAGUCAGCUGUCUUGUCAAUCAAAUAUUGAAGCGUGAGCGCUCUUUUGCUGUUAACUGUCAUAUUAGCAGAAACUUUAAAAAGAGGGCGCUUGCUCUGACCUUGUUUGAGGAUAAGAGGAGCACAAACACGCAGGAGAGAGUGAGCGAGUGGAGUCCGGUUCUUCAAAGCAACUGUAAACUUCCCUCGCCACAACGUAAGGCCCGCCUCUCCCCUCAUUCGAUUGGACAAUGGAAGACGCGAAUGACGUCAGGCGCUCCUCCGCUCUCAGCGCUCCUUCAAAAACGCGUGCGCGGCAGGCGGCAGAAAACCGCAAGGCGCUCGGCGCGCAUAAACAGCGCGCAAACGCGCCCUGCCCAUAGAAUAUCAUUCAAAAAAGGCGCCUGCAACUGCCAUAAACGCUUUUGGUGUGACUGAGCCCUAAAGGGCACCUUAAUGAACACAUAAGAAUUCACACUGGAGAAAAACCUUACAGAUGUGAUCAAUGUGGAAAAAGUUUUCUUCGUAGGUUUAAUCUUAACAAGCACAUAAGAAUUCACACUGGAGACAAACCUUACACAUGUGAUCAGUGUGGAAAGAGUUUCAUUCGUAAGUUUGAACUCAACAGGCACAUGAGGAUUCACACUAAAGAAAGGCCUUAAAAUGCCCCUACUACGUUGAUUUUCGUAUUUGAAAAGUUCAGAUGCAAAAACCACUAAAUGCUUGGUCAAAAGUGAGAUAAUAAUAUUAAAUAGUAUUUGAUUGGUUCGACUUUGCUCCUCAAACGUGACACCCAAAUACAGCAUUAUAAGUCUUGAAUGAGAAGUAAGAGUCGAACGAAUGUCCGGUAGUGAACUAAUUGUUUACAGUUUUUAUGUUGCAAUUUGGUCAGAAACGUCAAGAUUGUGAGGCGAACAAAUUGUUUUGCAUUAAAAGGCUUGGAUAUUACAUUUCCUUGAACUCUAGGGAUUUAUGAUCAAGUUGUUUUGGCAAUUUUACCAAAGCGGAUAAAGGGAAGACUUUGAAUGUAAUUAAACAAACUGAAGGAAGAAAACAAGCAACUACGUUAAGAUUCAGCCUUUCAUCCCCUCUAGAAAGAUCAAAGAUGAUCUAAAAUGAUCUGUAAGUACAGUGACAGUCAGAAGACAUCCGAUUGAAGUUGAACUGUUUGCAAGAAGCCCCCAUAAAGCACCAUUGUUGAAAAAAAGGCAUGAGCAAAAUCACAUCAACACAUACAUUGCCCAAAGAAAAAUGGCUUAACAUUUUGUGGCCUGAUGAGAAUAAAAUUGUUCUUUUCAGGUCAAGUGGUAAUCGGCAGAUCCUCAGGCGACUCGGAUACUGAAUUCAAGCCACGAUACACUAUAGACCGUUUUAUCGAGCACCUGUGCGGUGACGUGAUAAGCGUCUGGUCCGAACUUUACUUCCGGUUUCUGUUUGUUUAAUAGUCUGACUAGUUGCUGAAACUGAACUCUUAAACAAAUACCUCAUUGAAAAUAACAAUGUUUUGGGUUCCUAUGUCAUCUACGUGUUGUUUAUUUUGCUUUUUAUAUAAACUACUUUAAAAUGACUUUUUUGUUAUUUAUUCUUUGCAGUUUAUCGGAACUUACGUGAUGACCACGAAAGACGCGUGUUUAUGUUAUUGUUACUACCGAAACAGUUAAACAUGGUGGUGCAAAAAACAUGGUAUCAGGAUGUUUUUCUUACUACUGUGUAUAUUGUAUACAAGAGAAAAAGGAGCAGUUUGAACCCAUCAGAAUAAGAUAAGAUUAUGUUGCCCUUGACCGAAGAGGAAAUGGCCCUAAAAUGGGUGUUUCAACAAGACAACAACCCCAAAUACACAAGCAAGAGGGCAAAAUUUUGGUUCCGUACAAAAAGGAUUGAGGUUAUUAUGGAGUGUCCAGCUCAAUCCCCUGAUCUCUACCCCAUUGAAAACUUGUGGGGUGACGAUAAAAAUGCAGUUUUUGACGUAAAACCUAAAAAUGAACAGGAACUGUGGAUCUUGGGGUAAAAUAGCUGUUUUUGGGUGCCAGAUGCUGGUUGAGUUGAUUUGACACAGAUGUGCAGCAGAUAUCAACAACAAUGGUUAUGCAACUAAAUAUAAAUAUUCAAUAGUUUAAAGUGAAGUUAAAUCUUAACAAUUUUUUUCAGUUUUAAG